GUACCUGCAUGGGAAGUUCAACCAGACACAUUGUCACCUUCGAUGGGCUGGAUUUUAAGCUGAUGGGCAACUGUUCCUACACCUUGUUUGAGGACAAAGAGGAGGGCGUUGAAGUGAUUCUUCACAACGGCGCUUGCAGCUCAGCCCCCAAAGUCAACUGCAUGAAUGCCAUUGAGGUCACACAUCAGGGCUUCUCUCUGCAGCUCUAUAACAACAUGACGGUGACCGUGAACGGCAUGGCUGUUAUUCCCCCCUACAGCAACAGUCAGGUGGAAGUCAAUAUCUACGGGACAAUAAUGCACGAAGUCAGGUUUCUGCAGCAGAACCACACCCUGGCCUUCACACCGAGCAACAAUGAGUUCACGUUACAGCUUAGCCCAAAGAGCUUUGCCUCAAAGAUGUAUGGACUUUGUGGGGUUUGUGACCAAAACAGCAGGAACGACCUGCUCUUGAAGAAUGACUCCAUCACUCAGGACAUCAGUGGCUUCAUCCAGGACUGGACCAUUCAGCAACCAGGACGGAUUUGCAAAGAGAGAAAGGCUGAGGUGUGCGUUGAGCGGGCAACUGCCCGAUGCAGCAUCCUGCUUUCCAAUCUCUUUUAUGAGUGCCAUCAGAUCAUCCCCCCCAACACCUUCUAUGCAACGUGCGAAGAAAACAAUUGCUUUGGGGAGGAAGUGUGUGAGAUUGUAGCCUCCUACGCCCAUCUUUGCAAAGUCCACGGGGUCUGUGUGGACUGGAGAACGCCCGAUUUCUGCGCCAUGCCGUGCCCGGCCUCUCUGAUCUACCAGCCCUGCCAGAAAGGGUGCACAAAACACUGUGAGAACGGGACCGACAUGCAAAUCUGCACGGACUAUGCCACCGAGGGCUGUUUCUGCCCACCGGGACAGGUCAUCCUGGAUGGCACCUGUGUUCACGAAGACAUCUGCUCCCAAUGCAUCGGUGAAGAUGGAAGUCGCCACCAGGUGAGGCGUCCCCUCCUGACUCCCAUCACCAGGGCCAUUGACUGUGGUCCCUGUGAGAUUCCAAGACUGCAGAGGAACUCCAAUCAGUGCUGUCCAGUUUUUGAAUGCGUCUGCGAUCUGAUCUCUUGCAAAUUGCCUCCGAUACCUCACUGUGAAGAUGGUCUCCAACUCAUCCAGGCAAAUCCCGGAGGAUGUCGACCAGAUUACGCUUGCGUCUGCAAAAAGGAAGAGUGUAAGCCACAGUCCACCCCGUUCUGCCCACCACACCGCAAACCGAUUUUGGUGAAGACUCGGUGCUGUGAUGAGUUCCAGUGUGUUUGUAGCUGUAACAAUUCAACGGUGACCUGCCCAUUGUGCGAGGGGAAACACAGCGCGGAGAAACGGGACUGCAGUUACCACUUAAUGCCUUCUCAGCUUUACUUUUCAAAGCAAACUGAACUCAAUUACCGGAUGGAGAAAACCUCUGGAUCCUGUUGUGGCAAAUGUUUGCCCACUCGGUGUGAUAUCCAGCUGAGGGACGGAACCAUUUUGUAUCUGAAGCCGAAUGAAACGAUCCAAGAUGGGUGUGACAAUCAUUUUUGCAAGGUGAACCAAAAAGGAGAUUUUAUUUGGGAAAGGAAAAUUACCGGCUGCCCUCCAUUUGAUUCUAAGAAAUGCUUAGCUGAAGGGGGUAAAGUUACAAAACUUGGCAGUACGUGCUGCGAAACAUGUGUGGAGCCAGAGUGCAAGCUAGCCACAGGCAGGCUGGAAUUUGUGAAAGUGGACGACUGUGUGAAUGAAAACCAGCUGAACCUCCAUUACUGCGAGGGCAAGUGUCCAAGCCAAGCCAUUUACAACAUAACCCUGAACCGUAUUGAAGACCUCUGCAGCUGCUGCUCAGCCACCGCAGCCGACACCAUGCGCGUCCCCUUGCGUUGUGCCAACGGCUCUCUAGUUCAUCACCAAGUUUUUAACGCCAGAGAGUGCAACUGCCUCUCUCGGAAAUGCCAACCCUAAUCCCCAAACGGGGAGGGGAGGCAUGCCCAGCUUUUUCUCCAGACGCUGGAGUGUGUACAACCUGAUUGUGGUUUGCUUUGGGCAUUGGGAGAGGUUUUGAUACUAGUUUAAUCAAAGCCAGGUAAACAGCCAAGGAAGAAACUGCACAUUAGGGAAGUUUUACUUUGGACCGUUUCAGGGGUGCCGUAUUUUGAAAAAGCCCCAAGAAGUCAAAUCAUUGCCGAGGGUGGCUAUUCAAGAAGAGACCGGACUGCCCUGUGUCAGCAAUGGUGUAGGGUCUCCUGCUUGGGCAGGGGGUUGGAGUAGAUGACCUCCAAGAUCCCUUCCAGCUCUGUUCCGUUCUGCUCUGUUCCAUCAAAGGACUUCUAUCCACGCGAUGAACUGAGAGAAGAGUUUCGGCAUAUAGUUAUUUUCGUUUCAAUUACUUUUAUGAUGAAGGGCUAACUCUAGCUCACCUUUCAAAAUCAGAGUUGUUUGGCUUUUGUUACCAGCUUGAAUAAAACAUUUGACUAAAA